AUGUCAAGAAAUAACGCUAGACCACUUCCACCGAGAAGGCGACCCCUACGAGAGCGCUCAGAUAAUGUCACUGGGUUAUCGGCAGCUCAAGAGAACCUCAAAGAUAAGAGUAGCAAGGCCAAUGAACAAGAAGUGGAUUCAGUGGUUGAUCUCAACCAGAUAAUUGAGGAGAUUGACUUAUGUGAUACUGCAACAGAACAAGAUGUGGAUCCCGAUGAGGGUAAGGAAGAGGAAGACAACAUCGACUGGGUCACUCGACUCAGGAUCAGCAAGCAAAAGCCUCCAAAGGACCUAAGUCCAUUCAUGCCUAAUGGCCAAAUUGCAAUCAAUGCUGCUAAUGUUUAA